UCAAAUCUCUUAGGGUUAAAAAGUGUAAAGAGAUUUUUAAAAAUGGCGGAGUAGGUAACUCCAAAACUGCAUCUCUCCACUAAGACAGUCAGUAAGCUGGCAAAAACUGUCAAUCAACUUUUUCAGAUCUCUGGAAUCGAAUCAGACUUUAAACCACCAGGGGAAUGUUGAAAGAAGAAGAUGCUGAAAUUUGAUAAGAUAAAGUUGUGGCGUACUUACUUGAUAACCACUUCCCCACUCCACAGCACAAUGGCAGCCAUACAGAUUGUGGCCCUCAGUCCUAGUACAACUUGCUUGUGCCAGAGCAAGCAGUGCAGACCUUGUCCUUGGAGAAUAGAGAUGUGGGCAGUGACCUCUCUGGUCAAUGAGGCAUCUCUACUUGCAGGCUUGCCUUUGUUUUGCCUUUAUUGGAACUCUUAGGGAUGGGGUGGCUUCCCAAGUGGCAUUUUUCAAAAGCACUUAAAGGUAAUAAAUAUACUAGCCACAGCGGGCCGAGAAAAGCAGCAGACAAACCAAAGAGCCUGGGAAAUGAAGAGGCAGCUGGAGAUAGAGAACAAGGACUUUGAAGUGCUCCACCAUAUACUGAGGAAUCUGGAAGGCCUAUGCAUGCCCGGAACUGAAUGAAUACUUAUAAGAAACCUUAGCAGACCCCAAGCUUUCACCUCUGGCUGCCUUUUAUCUUCCAUGCAAGCAAGAAGUGAAGGCAAAGGCAGAUUUUUUAAACAGUGGCUAAGCAUUGAAAGAAGGCCCAACACAAAGCCAAUCUGUAAAGACAUGGAGACUAUUCCCACACAUACAUAUUUGACUCCAGGAAUUUAAGGAAAUCUCUGUCAGAUCACCAGCUGACCUCUAAGGUAAUGGAACAGAGACUUGAGUGACCAUGCUUGACAAAGCAUUCAGUAUUUAUGAAAAGAAUUUAGAAAAGUCACUAAAGAAGUAACUACAACCCACACAAGCAGCAGCAACAAACCCUGAGGAGGGAGACUCGGGUUCCCAGAGUUACCACAUUAUAAUAUACAAAAUGUCCAGUUUUCAACAACAAAUUAUGCUUUCAAAGAAUAAAGUAUGGCCAAUUUCACAGGAAAAAAAAAUAGGAACUAUCCUUGAGAAAGCUUACUACAAACUUUAAAUCAAUUGGCUUAAUAUACUUAAAAACCUAAAGGAAACCAUAGGCAAAGAACUUAAAGGAAACAAGGAGAAUGAUGUAUGAACUAAUAGAGAAUAUCAACAAAAGAAAUUUUUUUAAGUUCUGAAAACUGAAAAGUACAAUAACUGAAAGAAUUUCAUUAAAAGGGUCUAAUGGCAGAUUUGAACAGGCAGGAAAAAAAGAAUCCAUGAACUUGAAGAUAGGUCAGUUGAUAUUAUCCAGUCUAAGAAAUAAAAAAAGAAUGAAGAGAAAUUAACAGAGUUUAAGAUACCUUUGUGACAUCAUUAAGUAUACCAACAUAUGUCUACUAGGAAUCCCAGAAGGCAAGGAGAAAGAGAAGAGAGCAAUAUUUGAAGAAACAAUUGCUGAGAGCCUUCCAAAUUUAUUGAAAUAUGUGACUCUACUUUAGGAUAAAUUCACAGAUACCUACACUGAGACACAUUAUAAUCAAACUUGAAAACUAAAAUGAAGAAUCGUGAAAGCAGGGAGUUUGUUGCCAGUAGAUCUACGAUAUUAAAAAAGAAAAUGCUUAAGGCUGAAAUAAAAGGGCACUAGAUACUAACUUGAAGCUAUAUGAACAAAUGACAUCAGUUAAGGUGACAACACAGAAAAUUUCCCAGGAACGAGAAAAAUUUGCUGAUGAAGGCAGUAUAUUUUAUACCCUUGGAGAAUGUGGACUCAUAUCCUUUUCAGACUACAUUUUCCUUACAACUGUUCUUUCCACUCCUCAGAGAAAUUUUGAAAUUGCCUUCAAGAUGUUUGAUUUGAACGGAGAUGGAGAAGUAGACAUGGAGGAGUUUGAACAGGUUCAGAGCAUCAUUCGCUCCCAAACCAGUAUGGGUAUGCGUCACAGAGAUCGUCCUACUACCGGCAACACCCUCAAGUCUGGCUUGUGUUCAGCCCUCACGACCUACUUCUUUGGAGCUGAUCUUAAGGGAAAGCUGACAAUCAAAAACUUCCUUGAAUUUCAGCGUAAACUUCAGCAUGAUGUUCUGAAACUAGAGUUCGAGCGCCAUGACCCGGUGGAUGGGAAAAUUACCGAGAGGCAGUUUGGUGGCAUGCUGCUGGCCUACAGCGGGGUACAGUCCAAGAAGCUGACCGCCAUGCAGAAGCAGCUCAAGAAGCACUUCAAGGAGGGAAAGGGUCUGACAUUUCAGGAAGUGGAAAACUUCUUUACUUUCCUAAAGAAUAUCAAUGAUGUGGACACUGCAUUAAGCUUUUACCAUAUGGCCGGGGCAUCUCUUGAUAAAGUGACCAUGCAGCAGGUGGCCAGGACAGUGGCUAAAGUGGAACUCUCAGACCACGUGUGUGAUGUGGUGUUUGCACUCUUUGACUGCGAUGGCAAUGGCGAGCUGAGCAAUAAGGAAUUUGUUUCCAUCAUGAAGCAGCGGCUGAUGAGAGGACUAGAGAAGCCCAAAGACAUGGGCUUCACCCGCCUCAUGCAGGCCAUGUGGAAAUGUGCACAAGAAACUGCCUGGGACUUUGCUUUGCCAAAACAGUAACCAAAACUGCAAGAGGGGCCUCCUCCUCCACCCAAGUCACCCUGGCCCCUUGAGCAGAGCCUUGGCACAAUCCUUCCUGCUGCUGCUUCUGGAAGUAGUGCUCCCUUCCUCCUGGGAAUGAUCUCGGGAUUCAACCGGUCUUCCCUCUCCACCCUUCCCCUGUCCCAGCAUCUCUGCUCGGCUCUGAUUCUGCCCAGUGAUUAUCCACCUAGGUUCUCAAAAACCUGAACAAGUCCUCAAAGUUCAGACUUUUGGCACCUUCAUCAGCACCAUGCAUUCAGGCACCCUAUGGAUAGAGAAUGCAUCCAUGUACCUGCCAACCCUGGGAAACAUCCAGUUCUCGAGUCAUUCUUGCUGUGGAUUCACAUUAAGAACAUUCCGGCUUUUCCUCCUGCUGGUAUUCUUAAGCCGCAAGUUGGGAAGACCUCUGAAAGGCAAAAGGAAGUCUGUGGUGAAUGGUCAGGAGGAAGAGCCGGGCAUCCUGAGCUGGUGGGAAGCCUGAGCCAGAGGAAGGAUCCAUGUCGGUCCCCAGGGUGGCUCUGAGGGCUGCUCCGAGAAGGUGAUGUGCACAGUGGGAAUACAGCAAGAUUUGGAAUUUAAAGUAGCUGCUUCAUGGCUCUCCACUCCCGUCUUUUCCUCCCAGGCUUCCUAAGAGGACUCCACCAUGCUCUGUGCCUAAUGAGCAGUAGUGAUUGAGUUCAUGUUCCCUGCAAGUGCCAUUUCCCCUCCAGGAAUGUGCCUCUAAAGCCGAGGCCUGGCUCAGAGCCUGUCUGCCCUCUGUCUUAAACACUUGUAAAAUAUCACUUUAAUUAUAACAGUUUGCAAUAAACUCCCCCUGCAAAGGC